UCGGCACUUAAAGUUCAAACCAACGACCGCGCCAAUUGACAACUACAUAUGCCAUUUAAUACGCCGUCUUUCAACUUCAUCACUAACAAAUUGGCGAUUGACGCUGCAUGCGCCCAUAGGUAGCUACACCGGAUCAAACAGACUGCUUGGAAUGGUUAUUUGGAUCCAUCUAGCAUCUAGAGAGUAAUACGGACCACUUCUUAACAGCAGCAUGGGCAUACAAUAACAGCAUACCUCCUUUGUCCAUUUGUCCAUCAUGACAUCUAAGCAAGGGAAGGUGUCUACCGUGCCUAAAUUCUCCUCGUUUAAACCUAAGCUAGAUGAUCCCCAACCCCCAAAAGAGAACAAGGUCGUUGCAUCUAGCGAACUUAACACUCAUUCGACCUAUCAGAAAAGGGAUCGUCAUGCCUCGGCCGUGGACGCAUCUCACCAUACUAACAAAGCCCACUCUCUCAAAUCAUCACAGCGGCCACAUCCACAAGAUCAGAAUAGGAAUACUCAAUUCCUCUUCGAUACACGCGGUGACCCCCUGAUUAGAAGAUAUGGCGGCAAUAAUCCUCGCCAGAUUCCCAGGUACCGCCGAUUUGGGUCUGGUCGUAUUCUUGGCAUUGAUGGCCGUAUGAGGGUCGAUCAAUCAGGGAGUCGUGAUGAGUUCUUCUUACUAAGCCACCACGAAAGCCGCUCAUUGCUUGGCAAUAAUAGAAAUAGUUCGUUGGCUAAAGCUGCUCGUUCUAAGUCCCGCCCUAUUAGGAUUCGGCGAGAGCAGUCACAGAUAGCAACAGGAUCUGAGGACUAUUUGCCUCUCAGGCCCUCGAAAAAACGAAAACGAGCAAGUGCUGGGUCGGGGGAGUCCUCAAACGAGGAAGAAACAUCUUAUAGGUCGAUCCAUGGAAAGAGUAAAACUCACGAGCAUUCCGAUAGUGAGCUAGACUAUUCUAGUGAGGCAUCCGUAGACGCAGGCAAUCGAGGAAUAGAUGACUCCGUGAGCUUGAGAUCGGUUGAAUUAUCUAGGAGGGUACGUGACAACCCUCAAGACAUCGACGCUUGGUUCGAGCUAGUCAACCACCAAGACAUCGACGCUUGGUUCGAGCUAGUCAACCACCAAGACAUCAUCCUCCGAUUAACUUCGCAAGAUGGCCGUCAUCCUACUAUGGCGGAAGUCAAGAGCUAUGCUGAUAUUAAGCUGUCCAUGCUUGAGAAAGCUUACGCCCACGCCACUUCAGAUUCUCAGCGGGAGAGGUUGCAGCUGAGGAUCAUGCAAGAAGGUUCUAAGAUCUGGGACACCAAGACUAUCUUAAAACAUUGGGGAGAAGCCCUGAAGAAGCACGGAACCAGUUUUGAGUUAUGGCGAGACUAUGCAAGCUUCCAUCAAUCGAGACUAUCCGCAUUCCAAUAUGAGGAAGUCAAGCAAAUUUAUACUGAGAAGCUGCGACAGUUAGAAACAGAGGCCUUGGUGAAGUGUGCCCAUCCAAGCCGUUUUCAAAUAUACGAGCAGAUGAUUUACGUGUUUCUGAGGGUUACACGCUUCAUAUCGGAUGCUGGAUAUAAAGAACUAGCCGUGGCAGCAUGGCAAGCUACUUUCGAACUGACAUUCGCACGCCCACCAACUUUACCAGAGCGGCCAGAAAAUAAGAUACCAAGCGGCUUUCAAGACUUUUGGGAAAGCGAAGUAUCACGGAUAGGAGAGGAAAACGCUCAGGGAUGGGCCAUGUUUGAGCGGCAUGGUGAGGUAAUGGAGCCCCCCGAGCCUAGGACUCUAGAUGCAUUCAAGUCCCCCAUUACUCGAGAUGGAUAUAAAGCUUGGUCAAUCGUGGAACAAUACAAGGCUAAAGCAUCCAUUUAUCCAGCUCGCACCAUGGAUGACGGAGCAGAGGAUGAUCCAUAUCGAGUCGUCAUGUUUGCAGACAUACAGGACAUCCUCUUAUAUUUUCCGACAGGAGUUAUUCCCCACAUUCGAGGUCUUUUACUAGAUGCUUUCUUAGUUUUUUGUCAGCUACCCUCAGCAUUCUGCUCCAGUGGUGUCAUUCAUGAUAUACUUCAGGACGAGUUCCUCAUCCAUGGUCCAGUGAAACUCGCUGCCUCAAAUAUAUCUUCAGAGUUGUCCACGAAUUCCGAGGAACAGAGUACAAGGCCGCCAGACUUCUUGCAUGACUACCAACGGAUGCAAAUAACACCAGAUAUUCUCUUCCCAUUACCUAACUGGUUUACCUGUAUGAAAAGCAUUCGAGAUGAGACUCCUGUUGAGCAGUAUCAGUGGAUUAUUGUCACCUUGAAGCAACUCGUUCGAAAUUUUGGCAUCCGAGAGCUAUCGCCUUAUUAUCUUGCCUUUGCGUCAGUCAACGAGCCAGGAAACGAAAAGAAAACGGCAAAGGCGCUUCUGAAGCAAGACCCCACGAAUAUUAAUCUAUAUAAAGGCUAUGCCACAUUGGAAUGGACGAAGGGGGACAAGGACGUAGCACGCAAUACAGUGGCUGCUGCUCUAGGUUUGCCGGCAAUUUCCAGCCACCAAAGGCUUUCCCUAGGAAUCUUUGGCGCGUGGAUGGAACUGGAAGACUGCAAAACGACAGGAAGCAUUCUUCAACUAUGUGUCUCGUCGGAUGACAGUCUACCCAGAACCUCGAAACCGGAUGACUCAGCGGUAGCUUCCGCAGCCCAGAUCCUAAAGACGAGGCAAUUCCUGUCGUCAAAUCGAGACUGCUUAUUAUCUUCAAGCGAUCACGAGAACGCAAUUAUUUAUGCCGAAGGCCUGGCAUUGCUCGAGUAUCUAACACAACGAAGCAACAAGGAGCCGUCCAGUGGGGCUCAGGGCGAUAUAUGGUCCGCAAUCUCCAGCUUCUCCGCUUGUUCGGAUGAGUUAGUUUCGCGCGGCCUCGGAAGCAGCUCAUCCCACGAGCGUUUGCUUCAGUCCGCCGCUCGCCUGCUUUACCACCAUGCUAGCCGAGGACCUUUCCGAGCCGGAUUCCUACGCGAGCAGCUUUCCAAGUACAUCGCCCUGUUCCCGCAGAACACCCUGUUCCUCCACCUCUUCGCUUGGCGCGAGCCGCGCCUCUCCCUCGACGACAAGGUGCGCUCCCUCCUCGACCGCACCGUCCUCGCCUCACCCUUCGACUGCCUAACCAGCCGCAUCUUCGCCAUCCGCCACGAGUCCCAAGCCGGCAACCUAUUCUCGACCCAGGCCGCCUUCGAGCGCGCCCUCGCACCGCGCCACCACCCGGACCUCUGGAUCACCUACCUCCGCUUCUGCCACGCCCACCCCCCUCUACGCCCCAAGGCAAAAUCCGUCUUCUACCGCGCCCUCCAGCACUGCCCCGGCUCCAAGGCCCUCUUCCUCGAGGCCUUCCGCUCCCUCGCCCACGACAUGAUGGACUCUUCCGAGCUCCUCUCCGUCUACCGCUCCCUUUCUGACAAGGGCCUCCGCGUGCACGUCGACAUGGAGGAGUUCGUCCGCGACUGGCGCGGGACGCCGAGGGAGGAGGCUGGGGAGAGGAAGAAGGGGAAGAAGGAUGGGUAAGGAGGGAGAAGGAG